AUGGCGGUCCGCGCGGCCGUUCAGCCGCUGCAGGGCUACAAGCGGCACAUCGUCAGCGAGCUCUUGGCCGACAGGUACCCGUACCUGGAGGAUAUCACCGGCCACCUGAAGAAGGACGACAUCAGCACCGCCUUUGGCGACCGCCUGUUUCCGCGGCUGGUGGGGCAGCUCGAGGAUAAGGACGUGGCCCCGGAGAAGCUCGUGGACGCGCUCUGUUUGGUCUGCGACCUGUGCUCGCACCAGGAGCUCAAAGCGCAGGCCAUAACGUCCGACGUCGCCGCGGCCGCCACCAACCUCCUGAUGCACGACUCCAUCGCCGUGCGCCAGGAAGCCUGCCGCGUCAUCUCCAGCGUGGUGCUGCUGAUAGGUGGCCGCAGCAAGAUGCCCACGGGCAAUCAGAACCUCCCCAGAGCCAUCACGGGGAUCCUCGGGGCGGGUCCGGCGCUCCCCAUGCUGAUCAAGCUUCUCCUGGGCUGCGACGACGCGGUCGUCAAGAG